UUCCUGUUAAAUUAGGUCAAAAUUUUCUAUGAACCCUAAAGAUAAACGCGAUUGCAAUUGGGGACGCAUUGACCUCCUCCGAAUGACAUUCGAUUUUUCUUAUUAUGGGGUCCCUUUAGUGAAUGGAUGUCACUUAUACAUUGCCUGAUAUGAAAAUACAGAAGAUGGUUGAAGGAGAAAGAGUGGCUGAGAGUGAAGAUAGAAUCGGCCAAGUAUCAGAUGGUCUUCUCCACCUAGUUGACAAUAUGGAGGUUGCUACAGCUCCCUUUAGUGAAUGGAUGUCACUUGUACAUUGGCUGAUACGAUAAUACAGAAGAUUGUUGGAGGAAAAAGUCAACUGUCAGAUGGUCUUCUCCAUCGCGUUCUUUCUUUCCUUGCAACCAAAAAUGCUGUAGCAACAUGCACAUUGUCAACUAGGUGGCAGGCCCAUAAAUGCUCUAGUUACUACAAAAUGGAAUUUAAGUUUAGCAUUGGCUAAGGUGCUUCUUCUUCGUUCAUCAAAUAUUAAAAUGUUUCGUCUCAUGCAUUGUGACCUUGUUGACGGUUCCUGUCUCAGUUGUUGGAUAUAUGCGGCUGUUAGACCAAAUCUGCAAGGUUGUUAUCAUUAUGGAAUGAUCAACACAACUCGUACAAUUCGACUUCAGAAUUCUGCUCCAGUUAUUAAUUGCAAGCACCGAUAUGCUGUCAAUAGUGUGUCCUUCAUACCAGCUGACAAUCCUCUUAAGCUUGCUGACUAUUUCAAGAUAUCAGGAGUUGUCAGCCUUCAUAGUAUCACAACAGUCCCACUGGUGCUGGUGCUUACCUCCAAACUUCUGUCAUGGCAGCCGACUUUAGAGAUGUAUCCAAAUUCAUGGACUGCGGUUUAUAUGCCUCUGGACGAUGUAGGAAUGUGGAACGUGAGGUCUGAGAACUGGGCACGCCAGUACUUAGGACAACAAUUCUAUCUUCGUGUAUAUUCACCUGCAAACUCAUGGAGGGAUGAAUAUCCGAUCCCAAGCAAUGCUCUACUAUGUGGUUGAGCAGUCGGGCAUCGAGCUUGACCUCUACAAAGUUGGCAUGGUUAGGACUUAGCAGGGGGUGUCACGAGCGGGUGACAGGGUCCUCAAAUGAAAACUAAGUACCAUUUCUGUGUUGGGGAUUACACAAUACUUGAAUCGAAGAAUUUUGCCUUCCUUUGAUGUUCUAUUGCGCUUCUUGUUUUCUUUCCCAUUAAUUUAUUGUUUAAUGUAGAAACACUGCAUUUGGUAAUAGAACUGUUCCUUCCGCCCACACAAUUUCUCCCAGCUUGCUA